GAGCGGAGUCUCGCGGCGGCCGUUUGGCCAUGGCGCACCGCUACCUGCUGCUGUCGCGGGGCUGCUGCCGGCGCCGGGGCCUGCCCAGGGUCCUGACGCUGCAGCAGCUGCUCUCGGGCCGGAGCCCCUCCGGGCCGGGGCCGGCGCAGCUCCGUGAACAAGUUACCGCUAGAGUGACUACUAACAAAAGUACUGUCUUGGCAAGCGUAAUUGCUGCUUACAGAAGAUUCUUCUCCCAACCUCCUAAAGGAUUUGAGAAGUAUUUUCCUAAUGGAAAGAAAACUAAUGAAUCCAAAGGAUCAGCUGGAGAAACAAAAGAAGCAAAGCAGACUAAUGCCCAGCGACCUCCUGGGAGCAAUAGUGGUGGAGGAGGAGGAGGUGGAGGUGGAAAAAGAGGUGGCAAGAAAGAAGACACUGGAUGGUGGGCCAGAUUACAGAAGGGUGACUUUCCAUGGGAUGACAAAGAGUUCCGGUUUUACUUCAUGAGCAGUUCCAUUUUCUGGGCUACUGUUACAUAUUUCUUUUUCUUCAGGAACUCUGGUAGAGAAAUCACUUGGAAGGAUUUUGUCAAUAAUUACCUUUCUAAAGGAAUGGUGGACAGACUAGAAGUAGUGAACAAGCGCUUUGUUAGAGUGGUCUUUACUCCAGGAAAGUCUCCAAUCGAGGGGCAAUAUGUCUGGUUUAAUAUUGGUAGUGUGGACACUUUUGAGCGGAAUCUGGAAACUGCACAGCUAGAGUUUGGAAUAGAAGGAGAGAACAGAUUACCUGUAGUCUACUCAGCAGAAAGUGAUGGCUCGUUUCUUCUGAGCAUGCUGCCCACAGUCCUUAUAGUUGGCUUCUUAUUGUACACGUUAAGACGAGGGCCCGCUGGCAUGGGUCGAACAGGACGAGGAAUGGGUGGACUCUUCAGCGUAGGUGAAACUACAGCCAAGGUCCUAAAGGAUGAAAUAGAUGUAAAGUUCAAAGAUGUAGCUGGCUGUGAAGAGGCCAAAUUAGAAAUAAUGGAGUUUGUUAACUUUCUGAAAAACCCAAAGCAAUAUCAGGAUCUAGGAGCAAAAAUCCCUAAGGGGGCCAUUCUGACGGGUCCUCCAGGCACUGGGAAAACACUUCUAGCUAAAGCUACAGCAGGGGAAGCUAAUGUUCCUUUCAUUACAGUCAAUGGCUCUGAGUUCUUGGAGAUGUUUGUUGGCGUGGGUCCAGCUAGAGUCCGUGAUUUAUUUGCUCUGGCCCGUAAAAACGCCCCUUGUAUUCUCUUCAUUGAUGAAAUAGAUGCAGUAGGAAGGAAGAGAGGACGGGGAAACUUUGGAGGGCAAAGUGAACAAGAAAACACACUCAACCAACUUCUAGUAGAAAUGGAUGGAUUUAACACUACCACAAAUGUAGUCAUUUUGGCAGGCACCAAUAGACCAGAUAUCUUAGAUCCUGCGCUAAUGAGACCAGGGCGCUUUGAUAGACAGAUCUACAUUGGACCUCCAGAUAUAAAGGGAAGAGCAUCUAUUUUCAAAGUUCACCUCAGGCCCCUGAAACUAGAAAGCAUCAUAGAUAAAGAUAACCUGGCAAGAAAACUUGCAUCACUAACUCCUGGGUUUUCAGGUGCUGACAUUGCUAAUGUUUGUAAUGAAGCUGCUUUGAUCGCUGCAAGACACCUUUCAGAUGCCAUAAACCAAAAGCACUUUGAGCAAGCAAUUGAACGAGUAAUAGGAGGUUUGGAAAAGAAAACACAGGUACUGCAACCAGAGGAGAAAAAGACAGUAGCAUAUCAUGAGGCAGGCCAUGCAGUAGCAGGAUGGUUUCUGGAACAUGCUGACCCACUCUUAAAGGCAUCCCUAACUCCUACAACUUAUGCAGAAGACUAUUAAACAUGGAGACCCUCCUUGCCAAUAAAUGGAGAAAGGAGGACAAAAGUUCUGUACACCCUGUCACAGGACACUUAAUACUAAAAAGACUUAAAGUUCCUUACUAUCACCAAAUCAAAUUUACUUGAUUUAAAUAUAUUUGAAUCUUCGUUGACUGAAUAAAAUAUUAGGACACAUUAUAAUAGCUGUAUCCCAGGUAUAAAUAUUGUAAUAUUUUCCAGGUACUUUCCUUAGCUGUUGAUAUCCCUGGUUAGGAUCAUCUACAUCAUAAGUCUGUUCCAUAGUUUGAAAGGGGUAUGUCUAAAGUCUUACACUGUCACAAAUUCUAAGCUUACCAUUAAAUCUGAAGGCUGUGGUUUUCUUCAAGAGCUCGCUCAUGUCCAUUCCAUAUUAGGUGUGUGCUUGACACAUGCACCAGUGCCGGAAGAUUUUCCCUUAACAGUAUCCAGAGGGGACCAGCUCUGGCACCCUCUUGAAUGGUGCCUGCAUGGCACAGUGUAAGGGGCGCUACUGGCUCCCCCAAACCUCAGUUCGUUCUUGUCGCCGGUGAUGAUGCUGGAACAUCUGCUGCUUCAGCUAGCGUUGUUUCGUUCUCUGUUCUUGCAAACUUUGAAAACCUGUAAUAUAAUUGUAUAUAGUUACUAGUUUCUUAGUUACUCUUAGUAGUAGUUCUCAACUCUUCAUUAGUCCCAAACGGGACUCAGCUGCGGGACAGGGCAUGCCCCGGUCUCCAGGCUUUAAGCCCUGUGAUCACUGCAAACAACCUAUGCCCAUCAGUGAUCCACAUACCAGCUGCCUAAGGCGCUUAGGCAAAGGGCAAAUAAGUGACAAGUGCUGUAUCUGCAAGUCCUUUAAGCCUAGAACAAAGGAGUGCAAUAUUCAUCUGAAAUUACUUCUAAUAGAGUUGGUACUCGGGCACUGGAGCAGUGGUCUGACUGCACCAAGCACCACGGCCUCCGUGCGCAGUGCUCUGCUAGCACUGUCCAUGAGCCAGUUCCGGUAAAGAAGCUGAAAAGAAGUGUGAGGAAAAGAUCUCCUAGCUCCUGUAAGAGAAAUGAGAGGGAUGGGCAUGAGCCACAACCCAUGCUGGGCAGCUCAACACCCCCUUUGGGAACCCAGGCUCCAGCUCAGGUCAAGCUGUGCAGCCCAUCCCAUACUUCACCUGUGACUCUGUAGCGCUGCAGGCCCUAGCCAGCUUCAGGUGCCGUUGACACCCAAAGCCAUUAAAGCAGCUCAGGAGAGCCUGACACUCCUGGUGCCACCCACACCUGCUCCAGCAGUACCCCAGUCUCAGGGAAAACCUGCGUUGAGACCUAUGCGUCUGUCCCCGCUUCAGCGGCACCAAUCUCUAUUGAGGGGGACGUCCCACCAUUGCUCGCCCACCCGAAGCCGUCACGCCUCAGGACUACAGAGACAGGCUUGGUAGAGCCCUCUUCAAUCUCUGCAUGGGGGGCAUCAAUCAAGGGUCUCAAGAUCUACCUUGCCGGUAGACUGGCACAGACCCUCUGAGGCACACACCACCCAGCAAGAACUUCUGGACCAGCUGCCUGUUUCUGAGGGCCCAGUACCGAUCUUGGGAGCAAUCGAGGAUCAGAUAUCACCAGGGCAUUAUUGCCCAUCUCCAGGCAGUAGGUCACCCUACUCAGGAAGAAUCUUACGGUGACCAGCCAGUAUUGGCUCCCUGUCUCAUUCAGUGACCCGGUACUAUUUGUUUAGCGUGAGGCAUGGAUCAACGGAUGUCCGAGGCAGGUCCACUGAAUGCUGUUGAUCCCCAAGAUCCCAACCAAGACGCUGGUCUUAUUUGGACAGGUUGAUGUUGAGACGCAGUGGCCGGCACCAGUCAGAUGAGAGUCACUCUGCCAGAUCCUGGUCGCCCGUUACUGACUGCUCCAUUUAUACCUCUGGCACAGAGCAAGGUUCCCUGACUGCAGGACAAGCCCCAGUACUGACGGUACUGCCUACAUCAUCAGCACCAAAACCUGUCCCAUGGCCCCAAGUGCAGUGGCCAGUGCCAUGGUACCCGUGGAACCUUUGAGGGUUCACCCAACCUUCCCAGGCUGCCCAAUUGGUGUUGGGAGCCUCAGAGAGGCCAGCAGCCUCAAAAUCCCAUUCCCUUCUGGUGCUCCAGGCUUUGCGGGGUAAGACCCCACAGGUCCAGGAGGACCUAGGGGAGCAAGGUGCUGGACCACCAAUGGACGUGGAGGUUCCUGUAGCACCAGCAUCAUCCUCGUCGUCGCCAGAUGAGGCUAUCAUGGGGUCCCCUCGCUCAGUUCCUUGGGAUGAUGCCAAGCACACCAGGAACUUUUGAAGAGGGUCGUUUCUAAACUGGGCCUUCAGGCAGAGGAAUUGAUAGCUCAGAUCUGCUAAACCCAGGAUUGUGGGUUCAGUCCUUGAGGGGGCCACUUAGGUAUCUGGGGCAAAAAUCUGUCUGG